GCUCGGCAUUCCGCCGCCGUUCACUCCGAGGCGUCGGGCUCCCGCUGCCCUCGGUGGCGCCGCAGUCGCACGGCCGAGCCUCUGCUGGCCGGCGGCGGCGAUGGCUCCCUGAGCAGGACGGGGCGGGAGCGGCGGGAGGGCGGGCGCCGGGGGCGGCGGGCAGAGACCGGGUCGCGGUCUCUUUGUCUCGGCGGCGGCGGGCGCGCCUGCGGGGCCCGGGGCGGAAGUGCGGACGCCCUCCGGACGCCCCGGGCCGCAGCGGCCGCACCAUGAGCGACAUCCGCCACUCGCUGCUGCGCCGCGACGCGCUGAGCGCCGCCAAGGAGGUGCUGUACCACCUGGACAUCUACUUCAGCAGCCAGCUGCAGAGCGCGCCGCUGCCCAUCGUGGACAAGGGCCCCGUGGAGCUGCUCGAGGAGUUCGUGUUCCAGGUGCCCAAGGAGCGCGGCGCGCAGCCCAAGAGGUUGAAUUCACUUCAGGAGCUCCAACUUCUUGAAAUCAUGUGCAAUUAUUUCCAGGAGCAAACCAAGGACUCUGUCCGGCAGAUUAUUUUCUCAUCCCUUUUCAGCCCCCAAGGGAACAAGGCUGAUGACAACCGGAUGAGCUUGUUGGGAAAACUGGUCUCCAUGGCGGUGGCUGUGUGUCGGAUCCCAGUGUUGGAGUGUGCAGCCUCCUGGCUCCAGCGGACGCCAGUGGUGUACUGCGUGAGGUUGGCCAGGGCCCUGGUGGACGACUACUGCUGCCUGGUGCCAGGAUCCGUGCAGACGCUGAAGCAGAUCUUCAGUGCCAGCCCUCGCUUCUGCUGCCAGCUCAUCACCUCCGUCACUGCGCUCUAUGACCUGUCAUCAGAUGAGCUCAUCCCACCAUCGGACUUGCUUGAGAUGAUCGUCAGCUGGAUUUUCGAGGACCCGAGGUUGAUUCUCAUCACUUUUUUAAAUACCCCGAUUGCUGCCAAUCUCCCAAUAGGAUUUUUAGAGCUCACACCACUCACUGGAUUGAUCCGCUGGUGUGUGAAGGCCCCUCUGGCUUAUAAACGGAAGAAGAAGCCCUCCUUGUCCAACGGCCACGUCACCACCAAAGUUGCAAAGGACUCGGGAGGGAUGGACAGAGACUCCCACCUCUUGUACUCGAAGCUCCACCUCAGCGUCCUCCAAGUCCUUAUGAUGCUCCAGGUGCACUUGACCGAGAAGAAUCUUUAUGGGCGCCUGGGGCUCAUCCUGUUUGACCACAUGGUCCCACUGGUGGAGGAGAUCAACAGGUUGGCGGAUGAACUGAACCCCCUGAACGCCUCCCAGGAGAUUGAGCUAUCUCUGGACCGGCUGGCCCAAGCCCUGCAGGUGGCCAUGGCCUCUGGAGCCCUGCUGUGCACGCGAGAUGACCUGAGAACCUUGUGCUCCAGGCUGCCUCAUAAUAACCUGCUCCAGCUGGUGAUCUCAGGCCCGGUGCAGCAGGCGCCCCACGCGGCGCUCCCCCCAGGCUUCUACCCCCACAUCCACACGCCCCCGCUGGGCUACGGGGCCGUGCCGGCCCACCCCGCCGCCCACCCCGCGCUGCCCACACACCCAGGCCACACCUUCAUCUCGGGCAUGACGUUCCCGUUCAGGCCCAUCCGCUAGGCCGGCCCCGCGUGCCGCCGAGUGGCAGUGUGCCUUGCGCCGGGGCCGGAGGAAGCCUUCCAGAGAAAGGGGAGCCACCCCAUAGAAGAGGACCUUCGGGGGGCAGCCGGCGGCCCCCCCCCCCGCCCCUCACCGGCAGGACUGUCUUGGUGCGGAAGCUGCGCGACGUGCGCAGCCCGGGUGCCUCCCGCCCAGUGACAGUCGCAGGAGUCCAGACCCGAUGGAUGGAUGGAUGGAUGGAAGGAAGGAAGGAAGGAAGGAAGGAAGGAAGGA